AGACCCCUCUUCAAAAGUGCCGAACUCCUAUAUAACUCUUCUCUCUCCAUCUCUUGUACUGUUUCUGUCUUCAAAACGCCUCGAAAGAUCUAAUCUUUCACCUUCUUCUAAACUCUUCAAAUAAGGCAAAGAAAAAAAAAAACACCCAAAAAGAUGAAAAUCGGGUUCCUUGUAUUUGUAGCUGUUGCAUUGCUAGCAUUCUUGUGUAGCCUGAAUGCCGUGUAUGGAAUUAGAUUCGUAAUUGAUAGAGAAGAAUGCUUCUCUCACGAUGUUAAGUAUGAAGGGGAUACAAUUCAUGUGUCGUUUGUUGUCAUCAAGGCUGAUUCAACUUGGCAUAAUAGUCAUGAGGGUGUUGAUCUGGUGGUGAAGGGACCUACCGGUGAUCAGAUUCAAGACUAUCGAGACAAGAUAAGUGAGAAAUUUGAGUUUGUUGCUCAUCAGAAAGGAAUACACCGUUUCUGUUUCAGUAAUAAAUCUCCUUACUAUGAAACGGUUGACUUUGAUGUACAUGAAAGUCAUUUUACAUACUAUGAUCAGCAUGCAAAGGAUGAGCAUUUCAACCCUUUGUUAGAGCAAAUAUCUAAGUUAGAGGAAGCUCUUUAUAACAUCCAGUUUGAACAGCACUGGUUAGAGGCUCAGACAGAACGUCAGGCAAUAGUAAAUGAAGCCAUGAGUAAAAGAGCAGUACACAAGGCCUUUUACGAAUCUGCAGCACUAAUUGGAGCGAGUGUUCUUCAAGUUUACCUACUCCGCCGCCUUUUUGAACGAAAGCUUGGAAUGUCCCGGGUUUAGUUUUAGCACUGCACUGCAAUGUUUCAUUAGCUAUAGGAUCAUGCAGACUAUUGUCAUCUCAGGCACUUGAUACAUACAAUGAAUUUAUGAAAUCAGUGACGUUUUCUGUUUUUGAGUCUUUAGAUUUAUCAUUGUUGAGUAAACAUAAACUAUAUAAAGCAUAUGAUUGGUUCAAGUUAUUUCUGCUAAAA